GUCUCCUUCUCACCCUUCCCCGGCGCAGGCGCCUGUUUCCACCGAUCCACCGAGUCUUGACAACACAUAUCAGCAGCUCACCAGCUCUCGCACACAACAAACACCUCGUGCGGCCAUUCCCAUCUUGCCACUCAGUUCCAUCUCAGCGCCCAGCAUCUCUUUCGACUUGCGCACACCAGUAAUCCCUUCCCCCUCCAUCACUUAGCAUCGCGGCACCGCAUCCGCCGGGCAAGAUGACCUUCCUCAGCAGGCCAUCGCGCUCGUACAAGGAUGUCGGGCACGAUGCAGAUGGCCUAUCCGCCAUCGGCACAACACCAUAUGCCAUGCGCGGGCCCAGUGUCCCCAGGCAACAACAACCACCACCAGAUAGACUCCUCAAGACCUUUCGGCCAUCCUACACUGACAUGCACUUUCGCCGGCAAGCAUUGCAAGACCCACAUGCCGGUUCAUCAACAUUCGCUCCAUUACCCAGUCGCAAGCAGAAGAAGGAACAGGCGGCUCUCGGGCAUAGGAACGAGAUCAACCACAUCCUCGAGCCCGGCUACAAAUCGACCGGAGCCGCAGCGCGUGACGACGAUGCUGCUUCCAUCGCUGGCCCAAGCAGGUUAUCGGGUCGAACAGCGGGCGGCUUCGCGGCUCUCACCGGUCGCAGGAAAGACAAAGACGAGGUCGCGCGAGCCAAUGCGUCUACCACCAGCUUUCAACGCGACACUAAAGGCCCAGGUGUCUACAUAGACUCCUCUGGACGCAUGCACGACACCGAGUUCGACCCCUUCGCUGGUGUCGCCGCAGUGUCGCGGCGCAAGUCCAAACGAAGGAGCGCUUUCGGCCGCGACCAGAGGCGUGGGUCCAGCUCAAGUAGCUCCUCGUCCGGCAGCUCGGUGGGGUACGGGCAGAGAAUGAAUACGGCUGAGCGCGCGCUGCUCGAGGAACCGGAACGGGAGUACCGCCGCCGCACUGAGGCCGAGCGCCGUCAGCUCGAUGAAGUGUCUCUGCAUGCUGCCGCCCGGCGGCGAAGCGUAAUGAGCGAUCGCGCGAGCGGCUUCUAUUCCGGACGAGGGACGCCGAGUAUCAGGUCCGGCCGCGACUACGAUGAUGCCCUCUCACUCGCCAACGGCCGCGCGGCAUCGCGCCUGAGCCAGUCUCACCUCCCGACGUCGCCCACACUGGACGAGAAGUCGGCCGUGUCCGGUGGGUCGUCGCAUACGACAAAUAGAAGGUCCAACCUGGCCAAUAGUGAGGAGUCUCCGCGAAAACACACAGAGACAGUCCAAACUUCUCCUUCACCGCAAGGACAUGACCGGACCGCCUCAACCUCGUCCUCAAGACUUCAGCGACCCAUCGUUAAGAUUGCGCCACCAGAACCGGAGAACGAUGCGGAGGCGGUUGAGGAAGAGGGCGAGGAAGAUUACGAGGAGGCUUACCAGCCAGAUGGUGCACUGGAAGAUACGCCCGAGGAAGGGUCUGAAGUCGCCUCUGAGGAGUACGCAUCUUUUGACGAAGCUCCACCAGUGUACCAAGAAACAGACCGAGGCAUCACGCCACAGCUCCGCCUCAAAAAGAGUGAGCUCCCUACACUGGUCCCACAGCCUGUGCGUCCGAAGAAGGUGGUGAACGGCGACGCACGACAUCAAGUCAUGUUGUUGCCUAAAGCGCCUAUCAUUGUGGUCGAGAAGCGGCUACCCGAUACUCCCGUGCCGUCGCGAGUGGAGCGCGCGCCCAGCGGUGCUACACGCGUUAUGGGCUUCGACGCAGGUCCGGCACGACCAAUGCCUGUUCCGCAGUCGGUUCAGAAGGCGGGGCGGCUUGCAUCAGAAUCCGUUUUCAGCGCUGCGACGUCGCGCAGCUCGGAGGCUGACCGCGCCGAGGCGCGUCAACGACCGAAACCUCGGCCUCGGGAGCAGCUGUUUCCUGAGACGCCCGCGCAAGCGAAGAAGCGCGAGGAGAGAGAGCGGCGUAACCUGCGCGCGGGGAGAACACGGGCAGGCGAGCUUGCGGCAGACUCGAAGCCGGGUUCAAGCAGUCGGUCACGGAUUCUUCCCGAGAUUGAGAUCGUAGACGAUGACGACCCGCGGAUAGUCUUCCCUCCCAAUGGCCCAGCCACCAGAAUACAAACGCGCUUCGACCACGUUAUACGCACGCCCUCCGGCUCGCACACAACGCGGCGGGCGGACGACAACGGCUCCAGUACAAGGAGUGUGGGGCACGGCAGCAGCAAGGAGCCGUCGGCGAUCAUUGAAGAAAGUGGCGGCGGUUACCUGCCGUCUCGAUGGGCCAGCGGCGACAGGCACCUCCGCCUCACGGAACAAGACAAGGAGCAGUACAGGCCUCGCGAAGGGGGUGGGCGGCACGGCGAUCUCGGCGGACGCCCUGAAGAGUGGCGGCCUUCGGUCAAGGAAGGAUUCAAGAAGGAAAUGAAGGACAUGUCGACGAACGCGCGGUUUGGCCUGUUCCGGGCCAAGAAGAAGGUCUUGCGCGGCGUCUAGUCUUGCAUCUCCGUUCCAACGUUGUCAUCUGUUGU